AUGACCUCUGGGUCUGGAACCAUCCUCACCCUUUCCCUCACACAAAGAAUUCGAACAGUUUUAAAUGAAUCACAAUUAAGAUUAUUAAAACAUUAUUAUAGUACAAAUCCAAGACCGGAUACAUUCAUUAAAGAACAAUUAGUUGAACAAACUGGAUUAAGUGCUAGAGUUAUUCGAAUUUGGUUUCAAAAUGAAAGAAUUAAAGACAAAAAACAAAUUGAACAGCUAGAAAAAAUAGAAAGUGUGGAAAAGAAAAGAAACACCAAUACUUUUGAUUUGUCGCUUGAAGCAUCUGACGGUACAGCACAAAAAUUAACUCAAAUAUGUGAAAUUUGCGAUUAUACUUGCACUGACCUAGAUAAUUACCUAAUCCAUUUGCAAUCUGUCCACAACCAAUUGAAAGGAAAAAUAGCCACGGAUAUGGCACAGGGAGCACCUGUAGCAUGUGGUCGUUGUCGAGAACGUUUUUGGACUAAUGAAGGACUUGAGCGCCAUAUGCUUAUGUCUCAUCAUCUUGUAACUAAUGAUUUGCUAAAAAAAGCACAAAACAAAAAUGAUGGCUGUUGCUGCAAAUUGUGCGGGAAGACAUAUUCAUUCAAUAUUUUACAACAUAUGAAUCUUGAGCAUAAUGUUAAACUGUGCUCUGCUGAAAUAAUGUAUUGUUGUGAUGUUUGUGCUUUUAAGAGCAAUUCAUAUCAAAAAUUGGAGACUCACAUUUCUGAACAACAUCCAAAAACACGUUAAAAAGGGAAAGGGAAGAAAGAAUCUUAGAAAAAGUAUGAGAAGUUGGGGAGUAUUUUGUUAUGUAUUUUUUACUUU